GCCAUGACACUUUCCCCUCAUCGGAUCUUUGUUUACAUCAAACGGAGAGUUACAGAGUAAAUAUCUUUUACAAGGUUGGAUGAAAUCAGUUGUAAAUGUUAUUGCUACAUCUGUGAAGUUGUAAGAAGAAUGGAAAAGUGAAUUGAAAACAUACAGUUCUAUCUAGUUUCAUGGUGUAAAAAUCGUGAUAUUUGCUGUCAUGUUCGCAUCUUGGAGGAGGCAACGCAACACCCUGCUACAACUCAACUCCCCGUGGAGUGAAAAAGGUAUGUGAUCGUAGGUGCGGGGAAGGACGGCAGGAAAAAACACCGUUUACAGGGAAUUUAUUCUUCAUUAUUAAACACGUUAAGGUGGAAAAGGGGCUGGACGGAACUAAAGAAAUGGAAGAAAAAGAGUCCCCUCUCCUACCUUACCUGCCUUCCCACAGCUUACCUGACCUUUAACACCAACUGGUACUAACCAGAAUACAGGGGGUGGUCCUCCCAGGUCUGACCUAACCUUUAACACCAACUGGUACUAACCAGAAUACAGGGGGUGGUCCUCCCAGGUCUGACCUAACCUUUAACACCAACUGGUACUAACCAGAAUACAGGGGGUGGUCCUCCCAGGUCUGACCUAACCUUUAACACCAACUGGUACUAACCAGAAUACAGGGGGUGGUCCUCCCAGGUCUGACCUAACCUUUAACACCAACUGGUACUAACCAGAAUACAGGGGGUGGUCCUCCCAGGUCUGACCUAACCUUUAACACCAACUGGUACUAACCAGAAUACAGGGGGUGGUCCUCCCAGGUCUGACCUGACCUUUAACACCAACUGGUACUAACCAGAAUACAGGGGGUGGUCCUCCCAGGUCUGACCUGACCUUUAACACCAACUGGUACUAACCAGAAUACAGGGGGUGGUCCUCCCAGGUCUGACCUAACCUUUAACACCAACUGGUACUAACCAGAAUACAGGGGGUGGUCCUCCCAGGUCUGACCUAACCUUUAACACCAACUGGUACUAACCAGAAUACAGGGGGUGGUCCUCCCAGGUCUGACCUAACCUUUAACACCAACUGGUACUAACCAGAAUACAGGGGUGGUCCUCCCAGGUCUGACCUAACCUUUAACACCAACUGGUACUAACCAGAAUACAGGGGGUGGUCCUCCCAGGUCUGACCUGACCUUUAACACCAACUGGUACUAACCAGAAUACAGGGGGUGGUCCUCCCAGGUCUGACCUAGUGUACAUAGACAGAUUCAAUACUACGGGUUAUGUAUGCCCGCAGGCCUCUUGCCUAAACACUCCCAAGGUGCAGUCCCCUUCCCCCUGGGAACAAAUGAAACAGAAUAAUUCAAACUUAGUGAACAACUUCAAUAAACCAAAAACACUCAGUCCUAUGGCAUACCUCUGUAGUAGAGGCUACACAAUACUUUCAACAACUUCCAGACCAACAACCAACACAGGACAUACAGAGCAGCUCUCUCUCCUAACAAAGGAACACAGGCUUUUCAAGCUGCAGAAGGAGUCGGUAAUUGAAGAUCCAACUGUUUCCCCUGACAAGACGGUGGGUCAGAGCUCCAAUCAGUGAUGGGGCGACCAAUCAGCUGCUUGAGGAAUCCAGGAAGCCAUUUCCUGAAACACAAACCCACAACAACACAGAAACUGUGGAACGUAACGUUUGCCUUGCAUUUCAAUCUACACAUGAAUAUGGUUCUGCAAUGUUAGGUAGGAUAUUCUGUUCCCUUGACAUUCUGCAAGCAUGAAUACUUUACAAUAAUGGAAGAUAUGCAUUGUGUUAAUCUUACUAUUUGUCCAUGUAUUGAAUGUGACACUCCUCAGCAUCAUGACACUCCCUUCCUGUAUCUGUCAUGAAGGCCUAUCCAUUCUUUGUCCUUUAGUUACACAACUAAAUCUAGUAUCUGUCUCUUACCUUUCAUGCUGUAGAUUUACUGUCAUGGUGCUGAGAAUGCUUAGUACUGUAUCUGUCUCUUACCUUUCAUGCUGUAGAUUUACUGUCAUGGUGCUGAGAAUGCUUAGUACUGUAUCUGUCACUUACCUUUCAUGCUGUAGAUUUACUGUCAUGGUGCUGAGAAUGCUUAGUACUGUAUCUGUCACUUACCUUUCAUGCUGUAGAUUUACUGUCAUGGUGCUGAGAAUGCUUAGUACUGUAUCUGUCACUUACCUUUCAUGCUGUAGAUUUACUGUCAUGGUGCUGAGAAUGCUUAGUACUGUAUCUGUCUCUUACCUUUCAUGCUGUAGAUUUACUGUCAUGGUGCUGAGAAUGCUUAGUGCUGUAUCUGUCACUUAUGUAUUCUCUGUAUGUAUUAGGUAUGAACCCUUGGACAUGCAGGUACCUCCUGGCAGGCAACUCUCAACAAGAAGCAGCAGCAGUGGAUUGACCAGAUGCUGUUUACCAGGAGCUGCCUACAGAGCUCACAGUUCAUCACUGUCCUUUCCCUGGUGGGGUGAAGACCAGAAGAGGGUGAUGUCCUUCCUGCCUCGGAAUGUGCUGGGUACCCAACCAGGAGCUGCCUACAGAGCUCCCAGUUCAUCACUGUCCUUUCCCUGGUGGGGUGAAGACCAGAAGAGGGUGAUGUCCUUCCUGUCUCCAAGGCCUGCCUCAGAAUGUGCUGGGUGGAGAUCUUCAGUGUUGUUGAACAGUGCCAGAAUUUCUUCCUGGAUGGGACAACUCCAAAUCUCCCAGGUAUUUUGGUUGGUGGGACAGUCCAGAACCACUACAAGCUGAUUUGCCAGUUGUUCAGCAACAUCUACAGGUUUGCAACUCUCUACGACACGACCAACAGGAUCCCUGUGUUCUCAGCCUACACCUUCACUGGUCCUCCUACAGACCCCAGACCACAUCAACCCUGGUGAAGAUGAUCCCUGGAUGAUUGAGCCCCAGCUCGAAAAUAUAAAGGACCGAGGUGAAAUGAAGCAGAGUGAACAUAGAAGUUUUAAACACCAGGCUAUGAACGCGGACUACUACAAAAACAACAUGAAUAUGGACAGAGGUCACCUUUUCCCAUGUUCGUAUGCGCCUUAUAAUGCUACCAAGAACUCCACUUUCACCCUGACGAACGCCGUUCCCCAGGCAAGAUCCUUCAACCGACGCAGUUGGAAGAGAAUGGAGUGCAGAGUCAGAAAAUAUAUUGUGGAGAACUGUACGGAUAACAACAACAAGAUAAAGGCCUAUGUGGUGACUGGAGCAGUUCCCAGCAACAACAACACACUGAACAACCGAGUGAACAUCCCAGAUCUCAUGUGGACAGCCUACUGCUGUUACAACAACAACCUGAAACAGUGGGUGGCCCAAGCACACUGGAGUAAGAACGUACAGGACACCAACAAAAAAACAUUGACACCGAUAACCUUGGGAGCACUCGAACGCAAGUUGAAGAACUUCUACAAUGACAAAGUCAAUGUGUUCGCAAAAAAAUGUCCAAGAACCGUUAUUCUGAGUGUAUUAGAGGACGAGACAGGGAGGAACAGAGAGAGAGUAGAACAGGAUGAGACAGGGAGGAACAGAGAGAGAGUAGAACAGGAUGAGACAGGGAGGAACAGAGAGAGAGUAGAACAGGGAGGAACAGAGAGAGUAGAACAGGAUG